AAGAUGUCGCAGCCCAAGAAGAGAAAGCUUGAGUCGGGGGGCGGCGGCGCAGGAGAGGAGGGAACUGAAGAGGAAGAUGGCUGAGAGCUGGAGGUGGCCCUGCUGAGACCCCCCAGGAGCCAGCAGGAGCUGGACCAGCUGUUCUACCAGAGCUACUGGGACAUAUCGGUGCAGGAGGAGAUGGUUGCGAACCGCGUCCGCACGGAUGCCUACCGCCUGGGCAUCCUGCCGAACUGGGCAGCGCUGCGGGGCAAGACGGUGCUGGACGUGGGCGCGGGCACCGGCAUUCUCAGCAUCUUGUGUGUCCAGGCCGGCCGGCGCGUACGCGGUGGGGGCAGCGCCAUCUGGCAACAGGCCCGGGAGGUGGUGCGGCUCGGCGGGCUGGAGGACCGGGUGCACGUCCUGCCGGUGGUGGAGUUGCCGGAGCAGGUGGAUGUCUUCGUGAGCGAGUGGAUGGGCUACGGCCUCCCAGAGUCCACGCUGAGCUCCGUGCUUCACCCGCGGACCAAGCGGCUGGAGGAGGGCGGUCUGCUCCCGGCCUCCGCCCAGCUCUUCGGGCCCAUCAGCGCCCAGAUGCUGGAGCCGCGCCUGGGCUUCUGGAACCAGGAGAAACAGCUCUGUGGUGUAGACAUGAGCUGCCGGGGCUUCGCCUCGCGCUGCAUCGUGGGCCCCUGGGGAAUGGUGCAGGACCUGUCCGGGAGGACGUGCGCCCGGCGCAGUGCUUUGCUCGGCUGGACCUGGCCCGCGGCCGCAGCAGGAGCUGGAGGCGGGGCGGGCGGACGCUGCCUCCUCAGCUGCUAGGGCUCGGCCCCUGCAGGCUCCAUCUGGUUCCAGGUGAGCUUCCCCGGAGGGACUCGGGGAAACCCGGUGCUGUCCACCUCGCCUUUUCACCCGGUCACGCACUGGAAGCAAGCUCUCCUCUACCUGAAGGAGCCCGUGCAAGUGGAGCAAGAUACAGACAUUUCCGGAGAGAAGCUGCUACCCUCCCGGGACAGCCACCGCCUCCUGCACGUGCAGCUGUGCUACAAAGUGGGCGACCAGGAGGAAAAGACCAAAGACUUUGCCAUGGAGGACUGAGCGGCACCUGUUCUCCCUGCUGCCUCCUGAGGCUGCCAGACCUGCAUGGUUGA